GAAAUGAAAAGAAUCAAAAUGGAAGAUCAAAUCGCAAAAUAAAAUGAGCAAAAUAUGUUUGUUUUGAUUUUAAAUAUAUAUUAUAUAUGCUAUUUGGAAAACAUUUUCUGAGAUUGGUGGCAAUACUUCUGUGAAAGAAGUUUUCUGAGUUUUGUCAUUAUUGUUGAAAACCUAAACAUAUCGCUUACAAAAUGCCUGAACGAAUCGCAGAUCGAGAACAUGAACCAUUUUCUAAUCCUUUACCUCCUACUGAUUUGAAUGCUCGAAAUGAAGAACAUUCAAGUCACCAUCCCAUGACAAAUGAAGAUUUUCGGAAGCUCUUAAUGACACCCCGAGCUCCGCCUCAUACACCAGCACCUGCAGUUGCAGAAGAAGUUCAGUUUCAUCCUCCUACCAAAAGACAACAAGAUAGUGACUCAGAUGAUGAAGGUGGAGAUACCUCAGAUGACAGAGCUGAAAAAAGGAAAAGAAAGAAGAAAUACUAUGCCACUUUAAAUCGACAACAGGAAGAUAAGUUAGCUGAACUAGCUCAAAAAUACAGAGAUCGGGCAAAGGAAAGAAGAGAUGGUGCAAAUCCAGAUUACCAAAAUGAAGAUCCAAUUACUUCAGCAGCUGGUUACCGUGCUGUUGCUCCUGAUGCUAAAUCUGGCAUGGAUGCAGCUGAACGUCGACGACAAAUGAUCCAAGAGUCUAAAUUUUUGGGUGGUGACAUGGAACAUACUCACUUGGUGAAAGGUCUUGAUUAUGCUCUUCUGCAAAAGGUACGGAGUGAAAUCAAUUACAAAGAAAAAGAGGAAGAAGAGAUGGAAAAUAUGCUAGCAAAACAUAAAGAUAAAGGAGAAGAGGAAGAAAUUCAGUUCAGAACCAAGUUAGGCAAAAAUAUUUACCGUCAAGUUUUUAAGCACAGAUAUCCAGAAAAAAGUGAAUUAUUUCUGCCAAAUAGAAUGGCUUAUAUUAUAGAUUUAGAAGAUGAAUAUGCAGAAAGUGACAUUCCUACUACUUUAUUGAGAAGUAAAGCAGAUUGUCCAAGUUUUGAGUCUCAGACAACACUUACAACUAAUGAUAUAGUAAUCAAAAAGCUCACCCAGAUUUUAUCGUACUUGAGACAAGGCUUGCAUAAUAAGAAAGCUAAAAAACGAGAAAAGGGAAAGAUUAAAGAAGAAGAUCCUAAAAGGCCAAAACUUGCUGAUGACAGCAUAUUUGGAGAAAUUGGUGAUUAUGUGCCUGUGCUUGAAAAGAGAAACAAAACAAAAGACAAAAGCUCUGCUGGUGAAACCGAUAAGAGGAAAUCAUAUUUUGAAAAACCCAAAAAUGAUGAAGAAAAAAGAAGAGAAGACAAGCAUCGUGAUCGCAUUAAUAAUGAGUGGGGAAAUCUGUUAUCUUCAGAGUAUGGAGAACAUCUGGAAGAUCGUUCUAAGGAUAAAUUGUCACUAGGUUCUGUUAAAGGUGAAGACAGCAGAUUAAAAGCAAAACUGACCAGUAAACUAGAAAGAGAUAUGCCAGAAAGCUAUGCUGAAUGUUAUCCAGGUGCUCCUGAAAAUGAAGAUGCUGUUGCUGAUAGUGAUGAUGAAGUAGAUUAUUCCAAGAUGGACAUGGGUAACAAAAAAGGUCCCAUUGGUCGGUGGGAUUUUGAUACUGCUGAAGAAUAUAGUGAAUAUAUGAGCAGCAAGGAAGCUUUGCCCAAAGCUGCCUUCCAGUAUGGUGUCAAAAUGGCUGAUGGGCGAAAAACAAGGAGAACUGGCACCGGAAAACGAGAUGAAAAGACUAAAUUGGACAGAGAGCUUCAAAAAAUUAAUCAAAUUAUAGCUCGCAGGAAGGAUUUGGAUACAUUUGGAAGUGGAGUGGGAACUCCUGAAUUUAAAAGAUUCUGAGCUGCUUUUUCAGUUUCAUAUAGUUUUGUUGUUAGAUUUUCACAUUCUAUGUAGAAUGCUGAUUUAUAUGGGAAUUAGUUAAAAACGUGUAAACAUUUUGUAUAAAGCACUUAUAUAUUUUAUAUUAAUUUCUUCAUAAGCUUCUAAGUAUAUGUUUUAUUGUACAUAUAUUUAUGUGACAGAAAUAUUGUCAUGUUACAUUUAAUUCUAUCUGUAUUCAGGCCAUUUCCAUGCAGGUGAUGCAAAUUCUUCUAUUACUUUGUGAUUUCUUGCAUUUUUUUAAGUUUUUCAAGCAGUUCUGUUAAUACCUGUUAAAAGGAAACAUUGUAUAUAUUAGAAUAUGGGACUUAUAUAUUCAAUCUCUGUCACAUUCUGUAUGCAUUUUUAACAACUGUAAUUUUGUUGUAAAUAAACAUAAUUUGAUGUUUA